AUGUCCUCGCCGCCGCCGCCGCCGCCGCCGCCGCCGCGCGCGGACUCUCUCGUCCUCCUCGGCGUCGUCGUCGGGCGACGAAACCGGAGCAAGCGGCUCGCGUUCUUCGACCUGGACGUCGCCGGCGCGGGGCGAGGCGGCGGCGCGUUCGACGCCGCGGAGGCGCGAUCUCGCGUCGCCGCGGUCGUCGCGUCCGCGUCGGUCGACGCUCCUCCUCCGUCUUCCUCCGCGUCGCCGCCGCCGCCACCGCUGCCGAGCCGCGUGGAGAUCAUCGCGAAGACGCGCGCGUACAACGGCGGGUUCGAGGACGACGACGCGCUCGCGGACGCGCGAUCGCGCGUCCUCAAGCUCGGGAACGUCGUCCGCGCGCGCGGACGAUGGACGCGACGCGACGACGGCGAGUGGAGCUGCGCGUGCGAGGGCGUCGAGCUCGUGUCGUCGUGGGCGGACGCGAACCCGGGGAAGCACUUCUCGCGCGCGGAGGAGGAGGGCGCGGCGGCGGCGGGUGGGGGAGGCGGAGGCGGAGGCGGAGGCGGCGCGGAGAGAAGAAGAGACGCGCCCGCGGCGUCGAUCGAUCGGACCGUCGUCGACGACGACGACGCCGACCCGCCGCCGCGUCCUCCGUGCAAGUUCUGGCUCAACCAGGGCGUGUGCCACAAGGGCGCGGCGUGCAAGUACGCGCACGCGGACGACCGCGGCGGCCGCGCGAGGGCGUGGAUCGAAGCGCGGCGCGCGAGAAGACGCGCGCUGGCCGCCGAGGCGGGCGACCCGCACGGCUCGGACGCGGUCUCCAAGGGAAAACGCGCGGAACGGUUCGCGGAGUGGCUCGUGCGGACGUUCGGGGUCGACGCUCUGAACGCCGGCGACGGCGUCCUCGACGUCGCCGGCGGCAGAGGCGACGUCUCGUUCGAGCUGUACAACAGACGGGGCGUCAAGUGCACGCUCGUGGAGCCGCGCGCGAGGAAGCUGAGCAAGUCGCAGCGAAAGUUUUUGAAGAAUCGUCCGCCGUCGCUCGGCGCCGCCGACGCCGACGCGCCGCUCUGCGCGCAAGUGCGCGCGGAGUUCGAGCCUGCGACGUGGGACCGGUACGCGAACGUCUCCGUGAUCGUUGGGAUGCAUCCGGACCAGGCCACGGAGGCCAUCGCGGACUUCGCGUUGCGUCGCGACGUGCCGUUCGCGGUCGUGCCGUGUUGCGUGUUUCCGCGGCUGUUCCCGCGGCGCGUCGCCGUCGCCGUCGACGCGGAGGAGGAAGAAGAAGACGGAGAAGAAGAAGACGGAACGCCAACCGUCGCGGACGAGGGAGCCGCCCACGAAGCGGCGGGACGUUCAGAAGAAGGGAGAAGACGCGUCUCGAAACAGCGCACGACGGAGGUGACGGAGCGACGGCAGCUCGUGGAGUACCUCGUGAAUAAAACGCGCGGGAAGAUGGCGUUUCUCGAUUUCGAAGGCGCGAACCAAGUCGUCUACUCGACGACGCCGCCGAGCGCGAACGAGCGUCCGUGAGAGAGAGGUCAGAGCGAAGCGUUCUUCGUCGCGAUAGACCAGCCAGACGCGCGACGGCGAGCGCCGCGACGGCGGGUAGAGUAGAGUUGAUAGCAGACUAUGAUAUAGACUACCCCAAGGCGCGCC